UUCCCUUCCCUCCCCACCCCGUCGAACCAAAUCCAAUACUUCCGCUACGGCACACGCUCGCCAUGCAAUUUCCCUUCUUCGCACGUGCCGACUCGUCUCCUCCGCUUCUUAUUCCUCCUCCUCCUCCUCCUCCUGCUCCUCCUCCUCCUUCUAGGCUGAUCCUAGGGUUUCGCCGCGACGCCGCGACGUCGCCUCGCCUCGCCGCCCCAUGGAGCCGCGUCGGCACCACUCCAAAAACGGCCUCUCCUACUCCAGCCUCUUCAACCUCGAGCCAUUGAUGACCUUUCGUGUUCCACAAGGAGAUGAUGAUUUCCACAGUUACGGGGAUAGCAGUCAAGAUGAGAACCGAAGUAGCCAAGACCAAGAGCACCUCUAUGAGCAGUGCAAUGGAGAAAGGUCACCAGGGAUGAUAAGGAGGAGACAGAGGCAUGAUAUUCAGUUUGAGGAUCUUCCAAGCUCAACCAUGAGGAAUGAUACUGACAGCAAUGAUGAGAUUGAUGAAGAUUAUGAAAAUGGAAUAACAGAGGAGCAAUACAGAGCCAUGCUUAGUGAACACAUGCAGAGAUAUAGGACAGUGAUGCCUAAAGACUCAUCGGCAGGGUUGGCUUCCACACGCAUGGGAAUGCCAGGUUCUAAGCGAAGUCAUGGUAGUAAAAGAAGGAAGUUCAAUUCUGAGCCUCUGGUUUCUGCUGAGGAACCAAUAGUGCAUGAGAUGGAAAUAUCACCCGGAUACUAUGGAGCUGAUUUUGAAGCUGAUUAUUAUGUGGGUAAUAGGAACACUUUGUCCAUGGAGUCCAGUUAUUUGGACAUUGGUGAGGGCAUCACAUAUCGAAUUCCUCCCACUUAUGAUAAGCUUGUGAGUUCUCUGAACUUGCCAAACAUUGCUGACAUUAUAGUCGAAGAGAACUUUCUUAAAGGCCCUUUAGAUUUGAGGUCUCUAGCAGCCGUGAUUUCUACCUAUAAGAGGUUUGAUAAUUAUGACCGAGGCGGAUUGGGGGAGCCUCAACCACAAUAUGAAUCUCUCCAGGCAAGGUUGAGUGGACUUCCAUCUGGAAAUUCAGACAAAAAAUUCACACUUCAGAUAUGUGACAUUGGUCUGAAUGCAUUCUCAAUACCAGAAGGUGCAGCUGGUAGGAUUCGGCGGCACAUUAUGUCAGAUUCUGGUACUUUACAGGUUUAUUAUGUCAAAGUCUUGGAGAGAGGAGACACCUAUGAGAUUAUUGAACGAAGUUUACCGAAGAAGCUAGUAGUGAAGAAAGAUCCGUCUGAAAUUGAGAAGGAAGAGAUGGAGAAGAUAGGGAAAGUUUGGGCUAAUAUGGUUAGAAGAGAUAUUCCAAAGCAUCAUAAGAUAUUUACAAGUUUCCACAAGAAACAACUUGCAGAUGCUAAACGCUUUUCAGAGACUUGUCAGAGAGAGGUAAAGUUGAAGGUCAGUAGGUCACUCAGAUUUAUGAGAAGUGCGGCAGUUCGCACUAGAAGGCUAGCCAGAGACAUGUUGAUAUUCUGGAAAAAAGUAGAUAAGGAACAGGCUGAAUUAAGGAAGAAAGAAGAAAGAGAUGCUGCUGAAGCUUUGAAGCGUGAGGAAGAACUUCGCGAAGCUAAGAGACAACAGCAGAGGCUUAACUUUCUCAUAUCACAGACUGAACUAUACAGUCAUUUCAUGGGGAACAAGUCUUCGACACAACCUGCUGAAACUGCAUCUGUUGAAGAAGAAGAAGAAGCUGAACCUCAAGAAGAAAAAUCAACUAUUUCUGAUUUCGAACCAGGGGAGGAAGAGGAUCCAGAGGAAGCUGAACUAAAAAAGGAAGCUCUCAGGGCUGCUAAACAGGCAGUCUCUCAGCAGAAAAAGAUAACAAAUGAAUUUGACAAUGCUUGUUUAAAACUUCGACAAGUUGACACUGGGGAUCAAGCAAAUGACUCUAUUGCUACAGGGUCCAGUAACAUAGACCUCCUGAACCCCUCUACAAUGCCUGUAUCAUCAACAGUGCAAACACCAGAUAUGUUUAAAGGGCAUCUUAAAGAAUAUCAGUUAAAGGGAUUACAAUGGCUAGUUAACUGUUAUGAGCAGGGUUUGAAUGGAAUUCUUGCUGAUGAAAUGGGGCUCGGAAAGACAAUUCAAGCUAUGGCCUUCUUAGCUCAUUUAGCUGAGGAAAAAAAUAUUUGGGGUCCUUUUCUGGUGGUUGCACCAGCCUCUGUCUUGAAUAAUUGGGCUGAUGAAAUCAGUAGGUUUUGCCCUGAAUUUAGAACACUUCCAUACUGGGGUGGAAAUCAAGAGAGAGCAGUACUUAGGAAAAACAUCAACGCAAAGCGUUUGUACAGAAAGGAGGCAAGAUUCCACAUACUAAUUACCAGUUACCAGUUGAUUAUAGCUGAUGAAAGGUUUUUGCGGCGUUUGAAAUGGCAGUAUAUGGUUUUAGAUGAAGCUCAGGCAAUAAAAAGUUCACAUAGUAUUCGUUGGAAGACAUUACUCAGCUUUAACUGUAGAAAUCGCUUGCUUCUGACUGGGACACCUAUACAGAAUAACAUGGCCGAGCUGUGGGCUCUUCUCCAUUUUAUCAUGCCUACUUUAUUUGACAGCCACGAACAAUUUAAUGAGUGGUUCUCUAAAGGCAUCGAGAGCCAUGCAGAGCAUGGAGGCACCCUGAAUGAGCAUCAGCUCAACAGACUGCAUGGAGUUUUGAAGCCUUUCAUGUUGAGACGUGUAAAGAAAGAUGUUAUAUCAGAGAUGACAGGGAAGAAAGAAAUCACAGUUCACUGUAACUUGAGUUCUCGACAGCAGGUCUUUUAUCGUGCUAUAAAAAACAAGAUAUCACUUGCUGAACUUUUUGAUGGUAGCCAUGGCCAUCUGAAUGAGAAGAAAAUAAAGAACUUGAUGAAUAUUGUUAUGCAAUUACGGAAGGUGUGUAACCAUCCAGAGUUGUUUGAACGUAAUGAAGGAAGCUCAUAUUUUUGCUUUGCAGAGAUACCAAAUUCACUUCUUCCAUCUCCAUUUGGAGGAAUCGAUGUACAUUAUGCGGGAAACAGGAAUCCCAUAUUGUAUAAGGUGCCAAAACUGGUCCAUCAAGAAAUGCUCCAUAAUUCUGGAGCACCUGUUCCUUUUGCUCUACACUGUCUUAACCGUGGAAGUUUUGGCCGAUUUUUUGAUAUAUUUUCUCCAGAUAGUGUUUAUCAUUCUGGAGUGUUACAACAUAACCUCUUAAAUGAGACUUCUGAACUUAGUGGAACUUUUGGGUUUACACGACUGCUGAAUUUAUCACCAGGUGAAGUUACCUUCUUAGCCAAGUGUUCACUACUCGAGCGGUUGUUGUUUUCUGUAAUAAGGUGUGAUAGGCAGUUGGUCGAGGAAAUCUUAGACUUGUUUAUGGAAAAAGAAGGCAAUGAUCUCGAAAGCACUCACCUGGAUAAACAAAAUAUUCGAACUGUUGCACGGAUGUUGUUGUUACCAGCAAAAUCUGAAUCAAGCUUACUUAGAAAAAGGUUUUCAACUGGUUCUAUUGAUGCUCCAUAUGAGGCUUUGGUUACUUCCCAUCAAGAUCGGUUUAUAAUGAAUGCCAGGCUUUUGCGUGCUAUAUAUGCAUUUAUUCCACGGGCCAGAUCUCCACCUAUACAUGUUCAAUGCUCUGACAGAAGCUUUGCCUACCAAAUGACCGAGGAGCUUCAUCACCCUUGGAUGAAGAAAUUGUUUGUUGGAUUUGCUCGGACCUCUGAAUUUAAUGGUCCUAGAAUGCCUAUUCAUUCUCACCCUUUGAUAGAAGAGAUUUCAGGGUCAAAUGUCAUUGAGCCCGUUUUUCAGCUCCCUUAUAGGAUUUUUGGUUCUUCUCCACCCGUGCGAAACUUUGAUCCUGCUAAAAUGCUUACGGACUCUGGGAAACUUCAAACUCUGGACGUGCUAUUGAAACGUCUGCGGGCUGAAAAUCAUCGUGUUCUUUUAUUUGUGCAGAUGACAAAAAUGUUAAAUAUACUUGAGGAUUAUAUGAACUACAGGAAAUACAAGUACUUCCGAUUAGAUGGAUCAUCUACUAUUAUGGACCGUCGUGACAUGGUGAGGGAUUUUCAGCGUAGGAAUGAUAUAUUUGUUUUUCUGCUGAGUACGAGGGCUGGAGGUCUUGGUAUUAAUCUAACUGCUGCUGAUACUGUGAUCUUCUAUGAGAGUGACUGGAAUCCAACAUUGGACUUGCAAGCGAUGGAUAGGGCACAUCGAUUGGGACAAACAAAGGACGUUUCUGUGUAUAGAUUGAUUUGCAAAGAAACAGUCGACGAAAAAAUUUUACAGAGAGCGAGCCAAAAGAAUAUGGUGCAGCAGUUGGUCAUGACAGGUGGCCAUGUUCAGGGUGAUCCUCCGCCCGAGGAUGUAGUUUCCUUUCUCCUUGACGAUGCACAAUUGGAGCAGAAGUUGAAAGAAGUACCGCCACAGAUGCCUAAGGAACGACAGAAGAAAAAACGAUUGAAAGGGAUAAGAGUAGACGCAGAUGGUGAUGUAUCUCUGGAAGACUUGACAAAUGGUGUUCCAGUGGAAAAUGAUUUGGGAAAAAGUACACAUAACAGAAAGAGGAAAUCGAGUUCCCAGAAGCAUAAUCCUUCAAAGCUGCAGAACACUCGUAAAACAGCAGGUUAUGUAGCUGAACCUGAUGAACGCAGUCCAAGUGGCUACGAGGAAGAUCACCCUCCCGACCAGAGGCCAAAAAGAGCAAAAAGACCGACAAAGAGUGUUAAUGAAAACCUUGAACCUGCUUACAACUCUGUAGCCAAUACGGCAGUCGACUAGAACUCCUUCGAAUACCAGCUGUCUUCUCACGACUAUCAUACUGGCAACUACAGCUGAUUUACAGGAAGGCACACCACCUUAACCUUCACCAAUUCCAUCGUAUCUAAACCUUCUCUCGUGGAUUCUUUGGCAACCCAAGGUUUCUGAACUGUCAUGCAUCGAAAGUGCGGCACUGCCGCCUGCCGCGUGAUCUAGCGCGCUCGAGCUUUAUAGUGGAAAGAGAUCCAAUUACUUGUGCAAAUUGUAGAUAGUUUAUCCUCAAAUGCAUCCAGGAGAGUUUUGAUAUGGGAUUCAGCUGCCUACCAACUAUCAGACUUUGACACUGAAAACUAUUAGGAGCUUUUGGAUCAUGUUAAGUUGUUUUUUUUUUUUUCGAUAAUAUAUUCUUUUGUUGGAGAGAUGAGAUAUCGUCUUUUGCUGGAAGAACUUUAAAGUGUUGCAAAAUAAGAUGCAUUAAAGAACAGUGUAAAUAAAUUGUUGCAAGGCUUUUGUUUUUUGUUAA